AUGGGCAGUCCAUCUGAGGAGGAUCCCUUCUUCACCACUCUCUUACAAAGUGGAGGAGAAGGUUGCACUCUAACAUAUGAGCAAUAUUCUAAUGUUAUGAUCCAAACAACUCCCCUUAACGGUGAAAAGAGGUCUCCUCCAAAAAAAGUUCAAAGAGGUGCAUCUUUCACUGUUGAGGAGGAUAACUUACUUGUCUCCGGUUGGCUCCACAUUAGCAUUGAUGCUAUAGGGGGGUCAUUGAUCAAUUGUUGGUCCAUGAUCCAGAAAUGCACAAACAAGUUUUGUGCAUUUCUAGCGCAAGUAGAAUCAUUGCACCCAAGUGGUGCAACCGAGCAAGACAAGAUUGAAAAAGCUAAAAUAAUGUACAAAGAGAUAGAGAAGGGGAAUUUCACAGUGGAGCAUUGUUGGUGUCAAUUGAGACACCAACCCAAAUGGCAGCAACACAUGAACAAUCUAAAUACAAGGAGAAAACCACCCGAUAAACAUCCAGCCAAUGAGCAGUCUCCUAAAGUUCCCGAUGACGCUGUGGAGGAGAAUGUUGAGAGGCCUCCAGGCAAAAAACUUGAGAAAGAUAACUUGAGGAAGCGGAAGGCUCAGGAAUCAUGUGAUGCUGACUUCAACGGUGUGUUAGAAAAAAUGACUGCUGAUAGGCGACUGUUCAUGGGAGAGAGGAGCGCAUGGGUGAUGAAGGUGAUGAAGUGCGAGGUGCACAACUAG